GCUCCUCGUCAGCAAUUGAAUGAGUGCCCCCACCUCCUAAUUUCACUGUCUCCACUGUCCUAUAAUAGAGCAAUGCAACAGGCAGAAUUCCUUAAGCUCGGACUGAUUUCCUUAGCUCAAACUGGUCGAGCAGCUCACAUGUCUUGAAGGGAGUGCGAGAAGUUGAAGCUUAAGAAGAGAAGAAAAUGGCAGUCAAUGAUCAUAACAGGAAGCAGUCAAGUUCAUCAUCUUGGUUAUGCAGAAGCGCGAGUUGCUUCCAAAUCGUAACGUCCUCGAAAGCAUCAACCAUGGAGAAGGAACAAAAACAAAGGGAUGGCAAAGAUUUGCCAGUUUUGAAUGCUACAACCACAAGAAAGCGGCCUGGUGGAUGGAAGGCUAUGCCCUUUAUCAUUGGAAAUGAAACGUUUGAAAGGCUGGCUACUUUCGGAUUAUUGGCGAACUUUAUGGUAUAUUUGACACGAGAGUUUCACAUGGAUCAGGUUUCAGCUUCCAACGUUAUUAACAUAUGGUCCGGUGUGACUAAUUUUGGGCCCUUGGUUGGUGCCUUCAUCUCUGAUGCCUAUGUCGGCCGGUUCCCGACUAUUGCAUUCGCCUCUUUGGCAUCACUUCUGGGAAUGGUGACUGUGACUAUGACGGCUUGGAUGACGCAGCUGCAUCCUCCACCAUGCACCCCACAACAGAAAGAAUUGGGUCAAUGCAAAGGUUCAACCACAGCUCAACUGGGUGUGUUACUGUUGGGGCUGGGGUUUUUGUCCAUCGGCUCCGGUGGCAUUAGGCCAUGCAGCAUUCCGUUUGGUGUGGAUCAGUUCGAUCCAACCACCGAUGAUGGGAAAAAAGGAAUUAACAGUUUCUUCAACUGGUACUACACCACAUUUACCCUGGUUUUGUUGUUCACUCAAACUAUUGUGGUUUAUAUCCAAGACUCUGUUAGCUGGAGCAUAGGUUUUGGGAUACCAACCUUGUGUAUGUUCUUGUCGAUUAUCUUCUUCUUCGUUGGAACGAAUAUCUAUGUGCAUGUGAAGGCAGAAGGAAGCCCACUUUCCGGCCUUGCGCAAGUUUUUGUUGCGGCAUAUAAGAAGCGCCGGAUUCAGCUUCCGGCCGACGUAGACGUAGAUGGAAUUUUCUAUGAUCCUCCAUUGAAGGGGGCUGUAUUUACAAAGCUUCCUCUCACCGACCACUUCAGAUUUCUAAACAAAGCGGCUUUUAUUCAAGAGAAUGAACUGAAGCCAGAUGGCACUAGCUCGAAUCAAUGGAGGCUCUGCAGCAUCCAGCAGGUGGAAGAGCUUAAAUGCAUAGUUCGAAUAAUUCCCAUAUGGAUUUCCUGUAUCAUUAGCCUAACUUCCAUGACACAACAAGGAACUUUUACCGUAUCACAAGCCUUGAAAAUGGAUCGGCAUCUAGGACCCCACUUUCAAAUCCCAGCUGGUUCAAUGGGGGUCAUUUCACUAAUCAUAAUAGGGUUAUGGCUUCCAUUCUACGACCGUUUUCUCGUACCAGCCCUCCGAAAAGUCACCAAAAAUGAAGGCGGAAUCUCACUUCUCCAAAGAAUAGGAAUCGGGGCUGUAUUUUCGAUUCUGUCGAUGGUUGUAGCUGGAUUGGUGGAAAGGGUGAGAAGGGCUUCGGCUAUUCAAAACCCUCAGCCACUCGGGGUUGCACCGAUGUCAGUCAUGUGGCUAGCCCCACAGCUUAUUCUACUUGGCUUUUGCGAGGCAUUCAACAUCAUCGGACAGAUCGAAUUCUUCAACAGGCAGUUUCCCGAUCACAUGAGAAGCAUUGGGAAUUCUCUUUUUUCCUGUUCUUUUGCUGGAGCAAGCUACUUGAGUAGCUUAGUGGUGACCAUUGUGCAUCAUGUCACGAGAACGCAUGCCCAUCCUGAUUGGUUGACAAAUGAUAUCAAUUAUGGCAGACUGGAUUAUUUCUACUUUCUCAUAGCAGGGAUGGGGGUCCUGAAUCUUAUCUACUUUCUCUACUGUGCUAAUCGAUAUCGGUACAAGGGCAGUGCACAAAUAGGAGAUGAUCGUGAUGAUUCCCAUCAUGUUGAUCAUGAUCAUGCACUAGUGCUGGAGCUUAGUAAUUCGAAUAAAGCUUGAAUGCAAUCUGAUAAAGAUUACAUAAGUACGUCGGAAUUAUAAUAAAUAAAAUAGGGAAGUACUUCUAUAUAUAAUAUUAUUAUUUCUGUUA